AUGGUUUCUUUGGUGUUUAUCUGGUGCAUUCUGGUCUCUCCGUUACCAGUGAGGAGCACAUCAACUAACAAUAAUGGCACAGACAAUUUAACUAAUUACUCUUCUGGUAUAAAUGCCAAUUGGUCAGCAGAUGAUUCGCAUUUGAUUGAACGUUCAGAACUUCCCCACUGUAAUUUGAACAUUACUGGUUAUUGCACCAUUGAUGGAAUAGGUAUUGUAUAUGUUAACCAAGAAACUACAAGCUCGAUUAAAAGAGAUAAUUGGCUCGGUUUAUUAGUGGCAACAUUUGCAGCCUCUGCCAGUGCUGUACGUGGUUGGCAGGAGUAUUUUUCGUUAUGUGUUGGUCACCCUGAUGGCAGACAAAGAUAUUUUUCUGGGACUUGUUUAACAUCACUAAUUACAACGCUACUAUUUACUUCUGCUUUCUUCAUUGCAAUAUUUGGUAUGGUAGUCCUCUAUUUUGACGUUGGAAACAAGGGAAUGAUAAAGAUAUAUGUUGCUGGUAUAUUGAGAAAGAUUUAUAGCCGUGUUAAAGCUUACAUGAUUAAUCUAAGGUAUAUUUUUGAACUUUAUAAUUGA